AUGGAAAACGUUAUUAAUUCCUUGAAAAGCACGGCAUUGAGCAUCGGUGAAUCAUUAACACCAGUUCUAACUCAAUCGAAAUUCCGAGAAACAGGUGUGAUAACACCGACGGAAUUCGUUGCCGCUGGUGAUUUCCUUGUUCAUCAUUGCCCGACAUGGAAAUGGGCGACUGGUGAUGAGAGCAAAGUGAAAAGUUAUUUACCGAAAGAGAAGCAGUUUCUAGUCACGCGCAAUGUUCCGUGUUACAAACGAUGUAAGCAUAUGGAACAUAAAGAUAACUUAGAGAAGAUUGUCGAUGAAGAGAAUGG